AUGGCGCGGACCCCGGGGCCGGCUCCGCUGUGUCCCGGAGGCGGCAAAGCACAACUUUCCUCCGCUUCUCCCCCCGGGGCCGGGCUCCUGCUGCCCCCACCGACGCCACCACCGCUGCUGCUGCUGCUACUCUUCCCGCUGCUGCUCUUCUCCCGGCUCUGUGGUGCCUUAGCUGGACCAAUUAUUGUGGAGCCACACGUCACAGCAGUCUGGGGAAGAAAUGUUUCCCUGAAGUGUCUAAUUGAAGUAAAUGAAACCAUAACACAAAUUUCAUGGGAAAAGAUACAUGGCAAAAGUUCUCAAACUGUUGCAGUUCAUCAUCCUCAGUAUGGAUUCUCUGUUCAAGGAGAAUAUCAGGGAAGAGUCUUGUUUAAAAACUAUUCACUUAAUGAUGCUACGAUUACACUGCAUAACAUAGGAUUCUCUGAUUCUGGAAAAUACAUAUGCAAAGCUGUUACUUUCCCACUUGGAAAUGCCCAGUCCUCUACAACGGUUACUGUAUUAGUUGAACCCACUGUGAGUUUGAUGAAAGGACCUGAUUCUUUAAUUGAUGGAGGAAAUGAAACAGUAGCAGCCAUUUGCAUUGCAGCCACUGGAAAACCAGUUGCACAUAUUGACUGGGAAGGUGAUCUGGGUGAAAUGGAAUCCACUACAACUUCUUAUCCAAAUGAAACUGCAACAAUUGUCAGUCAAUACAAGCUAUUUCCAACCAGAUUUGCUCGAGGAAGACGAAUAACUUGUGUUGUAAAACAUCCAGCAUUGGAAAAGGAUAUCCGAUAUUCUUUCAUAUUAGAUAUACAAUAUGCCCCUGAAGUUUCAGUCACAGGGUAUGAUGGAAAUUGGUUUGUUGGCAGAAAGGGUGUCAAUCUCAAAUGUAAUGCUGAUGCAAAUCCACCACCCUUCAAGUCUGUGUGGAGCAGGUUGGAUGGACAGUGGCCUGAUGGUUUGUUGGCUUCCGAUAAUACUCUUCAUUUUGUUCAUCCACUGACUUUCAAUCAUUCUGGUGUUUAUGUCUGUAAAGUGACCAAUUCCCUUGGUCAGAGAAGUGACCAAAAGGUCAUCUAUAUUUCAGAUCCUCCUACUACUACCACCCUUCAGCCUACAAUUCAGUGGCGUCUCUCAACUGCUGACAUCGAGGAUCUAGCAACAGAACCUAAAAAAUUGCCCUUCCCAUUGUCAACUUUGGCAACGAUUAAGGAUGACACAAUUGGCACCAUCAUUGCUAGUGUAGUGGGUGGGGCUCUCUUCAUAGUACUUGUAAGUGUUUUGGCUGGAAUAUUCUGCUAUAGGAGAAGACGGACGUUUCGUGGAGACUACUUUGCCAAGAACUACAUUCCACCAUCAGAUAUGCAAAAAGAAUCACAGAUAGAUGUUCUUCAACAAGAUGAGCUUGAUUCUUACCCAGACAGUGUAAAAAAGGAAAAUAAAAAUCCAGUGAACAAUCUAAUACGUAAAGACUAUUUAGAAGAGCCUGAAAAAACUCAGUGGAACAAUGUAGAAAAUCUCAAUAGGUUUGAAAGACCAAUGGAUUAUUACGAAGAUCUAAAAAUGGGAAUGAAGUUCGUCAGUGAUGAACAUUAUGACGAAAAUGAAGAUGACUUAGUUUCACAUGUAGAUGGUUCAGUAAUUUCGAGGCGGGAGUGGUAUGUUUAG